CAUACAUACUACAUGCCCGUCAUUCGGGGGACAGGAAUUACUGGAAGUAGAAGAAAUAUGUACUUCCACGAUUUUUUACUGAGGAACAAUGUUCACGAUGAAUAAAAAACUAUUAUAAACAAAGAAAACAUUUUUCUCAAAAAAAAUUCCUAUCGCUUUUAUUUCUGUUCAAUUUCUGUCAAGCUUAUGAAGUUAAAUAUAGCGAUUACCUAUUAUGAGCGAAGCAAUUAGCCUGGAUCACUUAGUGCGUAAUGGUAUUGAAGCAUCCAAAAAAGCCGUUCACUUUGAUUUUCAUGGAGAUAUAAAUAUUUCUGCUCAUUAUUAUGAGGCAACUGCAUAUCUAUUAGAACUUGCUGCUCAGGGAAUAAGCGAUUCUGAUGAAUUGAAAAGGAGAGCUUAUGAGUAUAAAACCAGAUGCGUUGCAUUGAGGAACAAUAUGUCGAAAGUCAAUCCUAUUCAAAAAGAUGAAACUAGAAGUAAGCUAAAACAGUGCCAUUUUUUAUUACAGCAAGCUAUCGAGGAAGAUGAGAAAGGUGAUAAAGCUGAUGCAAUACAGUUAUAUGCCAAAGCUGUGGGAUAUAUUUCUCAGUUUCCAGAACUAAGGAAUACUGUACUCAAGAAAGUAACUCUGCAGGCUUUGGAUAGAGCCGAGGAACUCAAAGGAAUCCUGAGAGCUCAGCCUUCAACAUCUUCAACUAAUUCUCCUACUCCGACAACUUCUACCGUUCAACAACAGCCUUCAACAUAUUCAGAAUCAGUAAAGAAACCAGAUCUACACAGAGGAACAAGUGCUCACUUGAAAGUUUCGGGUGGAGAUAAUUAUACUAAAGACUUCAAGCAGUUCAUACGUCCCGAAGAUAUAAGCAGAGACCCUUGCAUAGUGCAUGGUCCUGCCCCAAAUUAUUUAACUAUAAAACAAACUGUGAUAUCGGAUUGUUCUUUUGUGGCGAGUUUAGCUGUUAGUGCUUCUUAUGAGAAACGUUUCGGUAAAAAGUUGGUAACUUCUAUCAUUUAUCCACAAUCAAAAGAUCAAAGGCCCUUAUACAAUCCUUUCGGCAAAUAUAUGAUAAAGCUGCAUAUCAAUGGUAUACCAAGAAAGAUUAUAAUAGAUGACACUUUGCCAGUUGACGAAAAAGGAAGAUUGUUGUGUUCGUAUUCCAGUAACAAGAAUGAAUUCUGGAUUUCUUUGUUAGAAAAGGCAUACAUGAAAGUCAUGGGCGGAUAUGAUUUUCCAGGAAGUAAUAGUAAUAUUGAUUUACAUGCGUUAACUGGAUGGAUACCCGAAAGAUUUGCCAUAAAAAGCAAAAAUCCAGAAUUCAAUAAGUAUACCUUUUUUGAUACUUUAGAAGCUCGUUUAGAACAAGGUGAAGUACUAGCAACUGUGGCAACAGGAGAACUAGUUGAAUAUGAUGUUGAAAGAAGCGGCUUGGUACCAACUCAUGCAUAUGCUGUUAUAGACGCUAAAAAACUCAAAGGAGUACGCUUACUGAAAUUGAAGAAUCCAUGGUCCCAUAUGAGGUGGAGAGGCAACUUUUCAGAACUAGAUGCGAAAAAUUGGACUCCUGAAUUACAGAGUAUUUUGAACUAUGAUCCCAACAGUGCAGCCCACUUUGAUAAUGGUGUAUUUUGGAUAGAUUAUGAAUCAGUUUGCAAAUUUUUUGAGGUUUUUUAUAUGAAUUGGAACCCUGAGCUGUUUAAUUUCACUUAUUGCUUACAUCAGUCAUGGAAUGCUGGCACUGGUCCUGCUAAAGAUCUUUAUUCGGUAGGUUCCAACCCACAGUAUUCAUUAUUUGUUAGUGGAAAUGCACCUGGGGCAGUUUGGUUACUUUUGACCAGGCAUAUUGUUGAUAUUGAAGAUUUCAGAGAAAAUAAGGAAUAUAUAACAUUAUUUGUAUAUAAGAAUGGAAAGAAAGUUUACUAUCCCUAUGAUCCCCCUCCUUAUAUUGAUGGGGUGAAAAUUAAUAGUCCCCAUUACCUGUGUAAAAUAAUUCUUGGCCCAAAAUCUGAAAGAUCAUAUACCAUCGUUGUUUCACAGUACGAAAAGACCACUACAAUUUAUUAUACACUGAGAGCAUAUUCAACAUGUCCAUUUGAUUUAAGAAAAAUUGAGGAUCCUUACAAAUUUGAAAUGAAG